AAGCUCACUGGCGAGUUGGUGUAGCCACUCUCAAUACUCUGGCUGGCUACAUUGAUUGGGUUGCUCUGGUCUACAUAACCAAUGAUAACUGCCAUCUUUUGGAGAUCUUGUGCCUGUUGCUGAGCGAACCUGAGCUUCAGUUGGAGGCUGCAGAGUGUCUGCUAAUUGCCAUUAGUAGGAAAGGAAAGUUAGAGGAGAGGAAGCCAUUUAUGGUACUCUUUGAUGAAGUUGCCAUGAACUACAUCCUGUCUGCUGCACAGUCAGCAGGUGGUGCAGCUCUCUGUAACCAAUCAUCAGGCGGCAUUGUGGAAAGAAGAUACACUUUUUUGAAGAGGCUGUGUCAGGUUCUCUGUGCCCUGGGUAGCCAAAUCUGCUCUCUAGUGGGUUCCGAUUUUGAAGUACAAGUUCCUCUUAAUCUGGAUAAAUACAUGGAAGCUCUUUUCGCCUUCACUACUCAUCCUAGCCAGCUUCUGAGGUCGUCCACGCAAAUGACCUGGGGAAACCUAUUCCGACAUGACAUUUUAUCAAAGGAUACUGUAGUUGGCCAGAUGGCGAUAAAAUAUUUAAGAGCGGCAAGGAUCAGUCUUGUUAAAACUGGAUUUCCCUCCAAGAAUGAUUGUCCAGGUUGUGAAUUCUCUAGAGUGGACUUUGAUAGUGAUGAAGAUUUCAACUGCUCCUUUAAUUCUUUCAGGGCUCAGCAGGGGGAAGCAGUUCGUCUGGCUUGUAAAAUUGUCCCAUUUGAGGCCUUCCAAAUUGCAAGGGAAUGGGUGCAGUAUCAGAUCUGCACACCUAUAGAUACUGGAAAUACAACAUCGGUUCAGUGGGAUGCCAUGACAUUCUUCACAGAAAGUGUGCUUGGACAGCUCUUUAAAAUUCUUGAAAAGGAGAAAAUUCCCAUAGAUGAGGGUAUGGAGCUGCUGCAGAUGGUUGUAAACUAUGAGACAAGAGAUCCUCUCAUUCUGUCCUGUGUUCUUACCAUCAUAUCCACUCUCUUUCCCUUCGUCACACACCAACCACACUUCCUGCCUCAAGUACUCUUUAAGAUAUUUCCUUCCAUCACAUUUGAAUUGGUUGAAGAAUGCAAGGCACCUCGAACGCGAGCUGUUAAGAAUCUCAGAAGACAUGCCUGUUCUUCCAUCAUUAGGAUAUGUCGAGAUUAUUCAGAUUUUAUGCUGCCGUGCUUUGACAUGAUGUAUGAGCAUGUGAAAAAGUUGUUCUCCAGUGAGCUGCUGCUGACACAAAUGGAGAAGUGUGCUCUUAUGGAAGCCCUGAUAUUAAUCAGCAAUCAGUUUAAAGACUAUAACAAGCAGAAAGCCUUUCUGAAAGAACUCAUGGCACCUGUUACUGCACAGUGGCUGUCAGAGGAGAUGAAGAGUGUGUUAUUGGACCCUGCUACCUUCUUGGCAUAUGUUGGUGCUGAUCAGGUGAUCAGUGAUGCUGACACAGAGGAUCAGAUGGGUAUCAACAGGUCACGGAUUAGUUUUUGUGUGAACACCAUACUUGGGGUUGUAAAGCGUGCUCGUUGGCCUGCUAAUCCUGAAGAGGCAAAAGCUGGAGGCUUUGUGGUUAGCACAAUCUCUGAUGGGGCCCCUAUCUACAGAAACCCUUGUGCGGAGCCCCUGCAGGCCUUGCUGCCUAACCUUUUUGCUCUCAUCAGGACCCAAAAUAACCUGUUCUUGCCAGAGAACAUCAACCGGCUUAGCAAGACUUUUACAAGGGUCUAUGAGAUUAUGGAUGUGGAGAAGAAUUUUGCUUUAGGAAUUCCUCAACCACUUUUAGAUGCCUACGACUCUUCAGCAUACAGAAACAUUGCUGAACGCAUGCAAGGCUUCUUCUCCUCACUCUAUGAUAACUGUUACCACAUGCUUGGGAAUGCAGGUCCCUGCAUGCAGCAAGACUUUUAUGCAAUAGAAGGCUUGGCAGAGCAGAUUGUUGGUUCUGCAUUUACCCAUCUAGACAGUGUUCCAGACCACAGGCUCCGCCCCUUAGUUCGUCUGUUCAUGAAGCAGCUGGUGAUGUCCUGUCCUCAUGAUUAUUAUGACAGCCUCCUCAACCCUUUGCUGGGCCCACUGUUUACCUAUCUGCUGCAGAGACUGAACUUUCGGUGGCAGAUCAUCAACCAACGGACCAGUCUGUGUGCUCAGGAGGAGGAUGAGGCCUACGAAGAGAACCAUGUCACUCAGGAAGUGGUGGAAGAGCAGCUGUUGCGACUGGUCACACGGGAAGUCAUGGACCUUCUAAGUGUGACUUGUAUUACAAGAAAAUUUCCAGAGCUAUCUGCAAACAAAGAGGAAGUAGAUGGAGACGAGGAGAUGGUGUCGAUGGAAUCCUCACAGGGAAUUCAAAUGAAUACACCUUCAGAUGAGCUCUCAGAAUUGGGCAAGUGCCUUCUCCAGAGUGAGGAUAUAUAUAUGACUCUCCUGACUAUAUGUUUUAACUCCCUUUCCUGGAAAGACACUAUAAACUGUCAACGGUGUGCUAGUGUGCUUUGCUGGACUUUGCUAAAACAGGUGCUUGGCUGUAACCUUCUCCCGGAUGCUGUGACAUGGCUCUACACCAGUGUACUGAAGGGUCUGCAGAUGCAUGGACAACAUGAAGGCUGCAAUGCUGCGCUAACUCAGCUGGCCUUGCUCAUCUACGAGUCUCUAAGGCCUCGAUACAGUGAGCUGCGUUUCAUCAUGAAUCAGAUCCCUGAUAUCCAUGUUGAGGCCCUGGAGCAGUUUGAUCAGAAGACCAUACAAUCCACUGUAUCAAAGGCAGGAGAGAAGAAAAAGAGGGAGCAGUUUAAAAGGCUCAUUGCAGGCACUGUUGGGAAACCCCUUGGACAGCAGUUUAAGAAGGAAGUACAUAUCCGAAACCUUCCAUCACUGUUUAAGAAGCCAAAGCCUACGAGAGAUAUACUGGAGAACACUGAUACUGCAGGUCUGAUUACCCUAUUCUCUUCUGACCAUGACAAUUGCUGAGAGAAUCACAGUUUCACAAUAUCCUCACUUCAUUGCCAUUGAAACUCCUCUGUGUAGUACAGUAUCCGUCUGAAAGGGCUUUUUGGGGCAUGAAUGGUUUAUUGAAAUGAGGAAAGACGACAAGAACUUUUGUGUUUAAUGUUAUUUGGAUGUACAUUUUUUUUUCUCUUCUUUUGUAUGGUUUUUAGGUAAUAUAUCUGUAUCAUUAUCAUUUAAAGAAUAACAAAUAAUUGCUGUAAGAGCACCUCAUUGAAAAAAAAAACAAUUGAAAAAUAAAAACAAGUACCUUUUGAAAAAGUUAAAUGAUAAGUCUUGUUAAUUACAGUACUGAUCCAGCACUACAUUCAAUUAUGAUGCAAUGGCCAAUUUUUAAAUAACACAUUCAACACUAAUUGCUAUUUGACAUGUCUGUGUACAGAUUGUGUAAAAAGUGUUGUGAUUUAUACACUGCAGUUUUUAAUAAAUGUAUACUUG